AUUGAAUGCUGCGUUACAGAUACGACGCAGUUGGAAUGAGAAGACGCGCAAAGAGGUUUUUAACAAGACGAUUAACUGAGGAUGCGCUGGUUAUUGUUCCCCAAUUUAGGCCUGCUUGUUUUUUUUCAGAGCUGUAUAUCAGCUUUUACACUGGAAACCAGAACCCUUACAUACGAUGAGUCCUACUAUGAGUACGUCCCUGAUGAGCUACAGUGGUACAAUGCAAGCGAACUGUGUAAGCAGCGCGUUGGGGCCUUAGCCAAUGUGUCCACCCCAGCAGAGAAACAAAACCUAACCAGCUUUUUAAAAUCUUUGAACAUCUCUCAGCCUGUGUGGAUUGCCAGGAAAGUCAUGACACAUCCAAAAAGUUCCUCCGAGACCUUCAUUCUGGAGUUCACUGGGCGCUCGGACAGGAAGAACGCCCGUCUUCUGCACAAGUUCCCUUCCAUGGGCUCAGUGACCGUUUGCACCCGUCUCCGCUUCGAUCAAAAUUGCUUUGGAAUUUCCACCAUCUUCUCUUAUUCCAUCCAGUCAUAUAUUAAUGAGUUCCAGCUCCGUGCAAACCUGAUCCAGGGAAAGCCUGUGCAGCUGGCUCUGCUGGUCCAUGGUAUUCAUGGUGCUUACCAGGAAGCCUUCGACCACGACGGCUCAUGGCACUCAGUCUGCGUUUCUUGGAGCCAGAAUAGAGGACGCUGGGCACUAUUCAUUGAUGGCCAUGAGACCUCCUGGAGCGUUGGCCUACACAGUUCCGACAGCAUUGGCCCAGACGGUCUUUUCAUUAUCGGGCAGGAGCAGGACACCUUUGGGGGCUCAUUUAAGAAGGAUGAGUCAUUUUCAGGGAGCAUCACAGAGCUCCACAUUUGGGAUCGGGUACUGAACCGCAGCGAAAUCUACACCAUGGAAAAGGAGUGUUCACCCAUUUCCUCUGGGCUGGUGUUCAAGUGGGGUGUAGAAACCAUGGAAAUAGAGUCCUCGCUUACAAACCUGACGAAUGAAAUCCCUUGUCAAGGUAACAGCUCUGUUUCAACAAAUGGGUUCUUGGAUUCCUUCCUGGAUGGAAAUUCCUUGCAUAAUCAGACAUUCUCUUUAAAGUUGAUCCACAGCCCUCAGUCUGAUAAGGAUUGUAGCAUCUUUGACCCUGUUAUCGGGAGCUGGGACCUUGCCAAGUGUGACUCAUUCAGAGGCGCUGUCUGCCAGUUUAAGAAAGAAUUGACGGAUGUUUUCAGUUUGCCAAGGACACCAUUCUUCAGCAGACUGAGCAAGGAUCCUUUGACCAAACCUGUGAUGGAGCAGCUGAGCGUAAACGUCUCUUGGGACAGAAACCUGUCCUUGCUGCAGCAUCUGACUCAGGCCGUCCUACAUACAUUGGAGGCUGGUAUCCCAAACCUUCUCACAUCCAGUGAUGUCCUCUACCUCUCCCAGAUGAUUGAAGUGGACCUGACUGCACUGGCUAGCUCUCAGUCUGCUGGAGCAGAUGCAGCAGAGGCAAUGGUGUCCAUUGCUACCAACUACCUAAAGGUGGCGAGUUUGAUGCUGGAGCCGCACAUGGCUACUCAGUGGAUGGGCUUGACAGAAGAUGGGGUCAGCGUGGGGCCAUUUACUAUUGUCAAGAGCAUUGACAAUCUCACUGAAACUCUUGCAGACAUAAUGCCUGCUGAGAGAAGAGGAUACACCCUUUCAACCAAAAAUAUAGAUGUGUACAUGAUGCGGCAAAAGUUGUCUGAAGAGAGCUGUAGUCAAUUGUUCAAGCCAUCUGCGGUCAGCUCCCACACCAGCAGCAGAGGUGGUCAGGAUGAACUGCUGAUCCCUGACACUGAACUCCAGAGGAUACACUCAUUGGGAUAUGAAGAAGUGAUGUUUAUUCAUACCCACUACAGCCACCUGAGUGAGAUUGUAUCUGGUACACAAGAACCUCCACAGGGUCAUCAAGAGAAAGUUAAAAGAACUCUCCCAGGUCACCUGGCCUCUGCUGUUAUAUCAGCCACCAUCCGUGAUGUCUCCAAAGCUCAAACUAUCCCUUUGGCUGUCCAGUACACCCUGUCCUCAUCACAUGUGGUGGAGUAUUCACAGAGAGUCACUCCUGUUUGUGCCUUUUGGAAUUUCAGUCUGAUGCAGAGCCAUGCCAAUAGCUGGUCCAGUGAUGGUUGCAGGGUGACCUUUGCUGGCUCUGGUGUCACUUCCUGCCUGUGUAACCACACCACCAACUUUGCAGUACUAAUGAAUUACCUGGAAUCAAAGUGGACUCCUGAGGAAGAGCUUAUUUUGACCAAGCUGACAUUCAUUGGCUCUGGAGCAUCUCUGUGUGCACUGGUGGUGACCUUGAUGCUGUUCACUGUGCUGGACAUUCCCAAAUCUGACAGGACAUCCAUCCAUAAGAACCUCUUCAUCGCUCUGAUCUGUGCUCAAGUGAUUCUACUUUGCAGCGGCUCAGCCAUUCACAACAAGGUGGCGUGUACACUUGUAGCAGCACUGCUCCAUCUCUUCUUCAUGGCAGCAUUUAGCUGGAUGCUGGUAGAGGGUCUGCUGCUCUGGAGUAAGGUGGUCGCUGUCAACCUAAGCGAGGACAGACACAUGAAGUAUUACUAUCUCAUCGGCUGGGGUCUGCCGGUGCUAAUAGUCACCAUCACGCUGGCAUCAGCCUCAGGCAAAUACUCGGCCGAUGGCUACUGUUGGCUCAGUGUCCAGAAUGGUGUUAUCUGGGGUUUUGCUGGGCCCGUCAUCUUCAUUAUUAUGGUGAAUGUCAUGGUACUAACCAGGGUGGUGGUCAUCACCAUCUCCACAGCCAAGAGGAGGUCUAUCAUGUUGGCCAUGGGCACCAGUCCUGUGGAACAAGCCUACGAGCAAAUUAGGGCGGCAGUGAAAGCAGUUUUGGUUUUGCUGCCCAUCCUUGGAUUGACAUGGCUGUGCGGCGUCCUGGUGCCUUUCUCCAUAGUCAUGGCCUACAUCUUCAUCCUCCUCAACUCCCUGCAGGGCCUUUUUAUCUUCCUGAUAUAUGGGGUGUACAACACAGAGGUUCGGAGCACGGUCAACAGGAUCAAGGAAAGGAGAAAAGCGCUUAAUUUUUCAAAUUGUGCCAGUUCCCGACCAUCCAGCUCAGUUACCAGCUCUCGUCCUGUCAGUUUCCCACUAACAACCCCAAGUCAGGAAGAAGAGGCCACCCCUACCUUUCAUCACAGCAACACCCCAGGCCAGGGGAAGGAGGAAGACGGGACCAGAGGUCAGCUGUCCAUUCCUUGUGAUCCAGAGAGACUAGAAAAUCCCUUGAGCCAACCCACUCAUCUGCAGAGAAAGGAGCCUCCUCCCUCAGAAGUGGACGCCUUGCCGACUGGUUGUAGUCUUCACGUUCCUAUGGAUCUUGAGUUAACAGCUUCCUGUUUCCCUCGCAGCCAUGCACCUCAGAAAAGCUAUGGCCUCGUCUACGUAGACUGACCUGGCAGGUGUGAUGGGGAUUGUAGUUUGAAAUUGUGAGUCAAUUUUUUUCGUCAGAAUUAAUCGGAUGUUUCCUUAUUACUCUGGCUCCUUUUUUCUUCACUUCACCUGUGAUCAUUGAGACACAUGAAUGUUUGUUAGGCCUGUGCCCCUGAGCACUGCAUUCCUAAAUAUUGCAGGUAUUUUCAGUGAGGACGACUGCCUUAAAACACUCAUUGUAUGAUGUGCUAAAUAAGAAUGUAAUCUAAAUGCCUCAAAUAUAAAUUUUAUGUUAACUUAAAUUUCAAGUUUUCACUAAUGGCGCAUUGUGUAUUUUGACUUAAAAUGAUUGUGUUUUCUUGUGUUUUUCAUGCAUGUACUCUCUCAUGGUACUUACAUUUGCUUGUGAAAGCAUUAUAUUGUCCAGUAAAGUGUGUGAUAGUACUGCAACUGCUAUUAUAUUAACAGAGUAAUGGGGCACCCUUGUGACCACAUAGUGUGAGAUACUGUACAUAUCAUGUAACUGAUUUCAUUCAGGUCAUCACUCUCUCUUUCAUCAUGUUUUCUGUUACUCUACUGUCAGACUUUUAAAUAAAGGACAAAAUAAGAAGACAAAAAAGAAACAGCAAAGUGAUAUUUCUGUAUAUAGAUUUGGAUUCAGCCCAUGGACAUACCUGUACAGAUAAAAAAUACAGUGAAACCAUUUCCCCCUAUAUUUAUAGUCCCCAGCUGUUGCUUAUCACAAGAAAACAUGUGUUUAAAGAACAAUGUCCCAAAGACACACACACUAUUUGAGAAAUAAGGUACCUAUUUUUCUUUCCACAGCAUAUACUGUGUUUGGGAGAAAAUAAAAAUCUUUCAUGUCAGUUUCAUGUGUUUUUCUCUCUUCAUGCCAACCUCACCAGGAAUUAAGAAACAGAAACAUUUUUCACUAGAAAAUAACACAUUUUGUAAUUCUGUAUAUGACUCAUGAAUUCAUCUCUCAUUGCUUCAUGCUGUGAUUCUAUAAAAUGUUGAGAGGGUUGUUUGAAUAGCUAUUCAGUGUUUCCCAUUAAAAGAUACAUACAAUUGAUCUGGCUGUGUUAGUGUGCGGAGGAAGCUGGAAUCUGGUGUUAUAAGCAUAAUAAUUAUUUAUUGAAAUAUGAGGAAAAAUUCAAUUAGCCUCAGAGAGACACUCCCCAGGACCAGGUAGCGAUGUGACAGGGGAAGUCAGAAUGUCAGCAAAGGGAGAAAAAGGUCAUGGACAAGCGUAAGGAAAAUAGCAUUUUGAUGUUCUGUGUACCCAUGUGUUGACAGCGUACACAAGUAGGUGAAUGCACAAAGCUACUGUAGUCAUUGUUAAAGUCUUCGUUUAAGUUUAUAUCCUGCAAUCAAGUCUGUCCUUACAGUUACUCUUCAGCCACAGAUUAGUUUGUUGUAAAGCAAUGAACUGGAUUUCAGACCAGUGAAGUGACAGGUGACCAUUUUUCAUCAAGCUUUACUAAAUUAUAUCUUCAAACAAACUCAACUUGGAGGUGUAGCAGGACUUUUAGCAGUAUUAUAACAAACAUGAAGGACUUCUGCAAUGACCACAUUAAUCUGCAUGACUGCAUGUCAUAUGGAGUUUGCCUGUAUGUUAUAGGAAGUCCAAGGCAGCUGCAGAACCUAAACACAGAAAUUCAGAGAGUAAGGAAAGAUUGUCUGAUCAAUGAACAUAAAUAAUGAGGAUGAAGAUCAAAAAAUUAGAGUUUGAGAUCAUGAACAGCUUAAUGGUAUUUAAGGGAAGUUUUUUGAGCAUUAAACAAGCCAUUGAAAUACUUUUGAUCAUUCUAUAUCUUAAUUAACAAAAUGUCGACAGGUAAACAAACACCCCAGCUUGUUUCGGGAGGCAAGUUUGAAAACAUUUUGAAAAAACUGUAACAACAACUACUGUACAUGUGAAUAAUUUAGGAUGCCAAACAUUUAAGACAGGGGAAAAUAAUCUAAAAAGAAACAAGCCGGUUAUGUUCAUUUUGGAAACAAGACCAGAAGUCACAGCUCACAGGGGGAAAGAUGCAGUCUUUGGUAUAGGAGCAAAGUGGACAGAGUAAUGACGCAGGUUGAAAUUCAGUAAGAAAAACGAAUGCAGCACAAACACCUUUCACACCUACUCACUUAAAUACAAUACUCUUUUGAAUGUACAGACUCAAACUUGCAUUAACAUUUAAAAAGACAAAAAAAAAUGUGGUGAUUUUUCCUUUCUUUUUUUUUACUUUUUUUGUUUUGUUUUUUAGAUUUUUUGUUUUUUUGUUCUUGAAAGCCCAUUAUUUUUGCUCCAGAUCUGCAUCUCUGAACUACGUGUGGAAACAAAACAAGAACAUGCUACAGUAAACAAAUUUAUUCUGGCGCGGACACCUCACGUCAUGUAACACAAAGAUGGAAACCCAGAGACGCAAUAAAUUAUCUUCAUUAUUAAGCGUAACCAGUGACAUACUGUACAUCAAAAAGGUAAAAGCACUGUAAAUAAUACAGAAAAAAAGUUCUAAAAAACCACCAAAAAAAAAAGGUUGAAAGUGAAACGGAACCCUUUUACAGCAAUACAUAAGGAACAAAUGUUUGAAAGCCAGCAGACACAGAUAGAAAUUAAUAUUUUAAGUGUGAUUCCUUUUUGAUUUUAGUGUCUCACGACAUAAUUUAAGUACUGCUUAAACAAAUAAAAAAAACACUGUACACACACCAAAAAAGCAAACCAGAAGGAUCUUUUUUUCUUCUUUUUUUUUUCAUUUCAUCGAUUUCAUUUUUUAGGAAAUCAUUGCUUUGCAAUUUAUGCUUCAUCACAGUUCUCUCCCAUAUGACCACGUGAAUGUAAACACCUGUUGAAUUAUUCUUUUUUUUUAAUUUUUACAACAUUAAUACUUUAUAUAUAUAUUUGUACAUAUUUUCAUUCACAUCUGCACGGUUUAGCUAGCAUGGUAAUGAAAUAAGGCAAGACUCACAUAACUGUGACAUCACAAAUCUUUUUUUUCCCUUCUGUUAUAAUACUGAUUAUAAAGGUUUUUUUGUAAU